AUAAAAUGGAGGGGAAGUAGAAGUUAAGCAGCAUGGUGACAACUACAAACAAAUAUCUGGUGUUGAAGUCCCAAAGUGCUCAACCUAUGCAGUCCUUUGUUUAAGAAACUUACCUUCCCUUUUCUUCCAAACAGUAAAGACCAAAAUAUUUUAUGUGUUGUAGCCUGACAACAUCGAGGGAGUGUCUAGCACAAAUACUUCCUCAUUUUUAGACAAAGAGAAAGUAAAACAUUUGUUGCAGCAUUUCAGUAUUCAGACAGAGGACAAAGGAACUCCAUGGCUGAUUCUUCUAACAUGUCUGAGGAUCUAAGGAUGGUGCUGUUGGGUAAUGCUGGUGUUGGAAAAAGUUCAACAGGCAAUGCAAUAUUAAAAAGAGAAGCUUUCAGAGAGACUGAAACUACAGAGUGUGAGAUACAGAGAGGAAGAGUGGAGAACAGAAACAUCUCAAUCAUCGAUACUCCAGCAAUCAACACCACAACUCUCAGUACAGACCAGCUGAAGACUGAAAUAGAAAUGUGUAUCUCAUUGUCUUCUCCUGGUCCUCAUGUGUUCCUGCUGGUGGUCAGAGUGGGGAGAUUCACAGAAAAGGAGAGAAAUACUGUAAAGUGGAUUCAGGAGAACUUUGGAGAAGAAGCUCUGAAGUUCACCAUGGUGCUCUUCACUGGAAGAGAAGAAAUGUCAAACAGACAAUGGAUUCAAUUUUCUCAGGAUGCUAAGAUGCUUGAAUUGACUAGUAACUGUGAAUUUGGUUAUUAUGUGAUGAACAGUAAAAGAGAGGUGAAGCCUGCUCAGAUCACAAAGCUCCUGGAGAAGAUCGAGACCACGGUCCAACAGAACAGGGGUCAGUGUUACACUCAUGACAUGUACAAGGCAUUCCAGAAAAAGAGAAUAUUACAAGAAGAGCCAAAAGAGGACGAGAAAAAAAGAGAGGAGGAAGAAAGGAAGAGAGAACAAGAGAGCUACAAGCAACAAAAGGGGGAGAAAGGAAGAUGGGAGGAAAAAUGGGAGAGAGGAGAGGAGGAGACGAGACCAAACAUGGAGGAGACAGAGACAGAAGUGGAACUUCAACAGAGUACAGAAGAUAAAAUCCAUCAAAUGUUGGUAUUAACAACUAGCACAAGAGAUGAUAGAACUCAGGGCAGUAUGGAGCAUCCAGAAACCCUAAGUAACUCCAAGACACUAAAUAGAGACACAACAUCACAGGAUGAAGUGAUCAAGACUGAAGAUCAGAAGGGAGGGAAACAACUAGAGAAAGAGGUGGUACAAAAGGCAUCGGAGAGCUCAGUUAAGUAUUUAAAGGAGAGAGAAAAGGAGAUUGAAGCAAAGUCCAUAAAAGAGGAAAUACAGAGAGAAGGGGAAAGGAAGAAACAAGAGGAGCUGAGACGAGUAACAGGGAGAAAUUUACAUGACGCGGUGUCUGAUUUGAGGAUCGUGCUGCUGGGCACAGCUGGAGCAGGAAAAAGUGCAUCAGGAAACACCAUUCUGGGCAGAGAAGCGUUUGGUACAGACUUCCUUAACAGUUCCACAAAAUGCAAAAGACGGGAUGGAAUGGUGGGAAAUAAAACCAUGACUGUGAUCGACACCAAGGGAGUCCCACAAGGAGCUAAUUUUUCAUGGUGCCGUGAACAGUUUGAGGAGUGCAUGCCUCUCUGUAGCCCUGGUCCUCAUGUGUUUCUCCUUGCAAUACGGUCUCCCACAUCCAUAUGGAUGCUUGAAAAUAUUAACCAACUAAGGGAAAACUUUGGGAAGGAAUUUAUAAAACGUUGCAUAGUCCUGCUUACCCAUGGAGACUUAGAUGGGAGAGACUACAGAGAGACUACAGAGAAUUUGUGUUUUGAGUUUCUGGAAUUCAUCAACAGCUGUGCAGGGGUUUAUCACAUCUUUAAUAAUCUGGAGAGAGGAGACCGCACUCAGGUCACAGAGCUGCUGGAGAAGAUAGAAGCUCUUGUGGAGAAGAAUAGAGGAAGGCACUACACUAUUGAGAUGUACCAGAAGGCUCAAAGAAAGAAAACUGAGAGGAGAAAGAAAGUUGAAGAGAUUCUGGAGGACAUAGAGACCUUGUUAGACAUGAACAGUCAGCUUAUGAUUAAGGCAAUGCACCUUGAGGCUCAUAGAAAGAACAGCAUAGCACAGAUAAAGAAAAUUCAGGGGGAGCUGGAGAAAAGAAGAACACUAGAAGAAGACAGAGGAAGAUCUGGAGCAGAUAGAAAAGGAAUCAGUUGAGGAUAGUUAAUUCCGUCUAUACAGAAUUCAUGCUGUAAAUAUAAAAAAAAAAAAAAAUCAUAAAUUAACACCCAAGCUUCAUU